UGCUAAUUGGUAGAGAUAAAAUUGAAACACGAUUAAGUUCAACAGCAAUAUAUUGUGAAUUUAGUUUUGAAAUGAAGUAAAGCAUACAGGCAUAUAUACAUUCAAACAAAACGUACGGGACAAAAAGAAAAAAGAAAAAAUAAUAAGUACACCUCUUCCUUUCUGCAAAUGGUGUAAGGAAAUAUAAGGGAAGUAACUUCUGCCGUCCUGUUCAACAACGAGCCUUGUAAAAAGUAAAUCACGACAGCCUCACAGGUUAAUGUUUUAUUGUCAUAAAGAUAUAUGUUUAUCAGUGUUAAUAUUGGAAACGAAGAUUCACAUGUAACGGGUGUGUACGGUUCACUGAAUACUCAAGUCAUCUUACCUGUUUGAAAUGAAGGUGGAGAAGUCAAUUAAUCUGCUUGUUCUGCUGUAAAGGAAGGCCUUCCAUAAGACACAAAUAUGGAUUUCCGUAGAAAAUUAUCGUCAGGUGGAGAAAGCUUUUCAGAGGGAACUUCCAGAUUCUUCAGUUCUGUGUUAGCAAAAAAGAAUGGAUUAAUGAAUGAUUUAUCGAACAAGAUAGAAAGUGUAGGCGCAUCUGCUGCAUCAUUAAUGAAGGGAAGUUCAAGUGGUAGCAGUCUAAGUGAUUCUGAAGGACCAGUUUUUGCCGAUGUUAAUUAUUCGCAGACAUCACAAAGGGAGAAAAAUGUUAGUGAGAAAAAAGAGACAGCUACAACUAAACAUACUGUUACAGCAGAAGUGAAUCCUGUACAAAAAAUACAAAAAGAUCAGGAAAAUGAACAGCUAGCAUCUUCUGUUGAUAAAAAUCAAAAUGGACGUAUGCCGGGCAAGUAUACGAAAAGGCAAGGAAGUUAUGCCAGCAGCGAAAGUAGUGUAAAUGAGGAGAUAUACCAUUCAUCUGGUGUAAAUAUGAGUUUUGACGAGCCUCUGUACUCUCCGAGUAAAAUGUCGUCUGCACCGGAAAAAGUGUCGUCUGGGAUUGGUCCAAGUUGGAAAGGAAAGAAGACUCCUCCACAAAUACCUCCUCCACCAUAUAACCCAAAUAAAACCGGCCGUAGAAGUUCCAGGAGUUCUUGUAAUUCGCCAAAAAUAUCUAGCGGACAUUCAAGUGAUUCCGAGGGAAGGUACGAAAAAUAUGCUACUGAAGAAAAAAGUACCGAGGAGCGAGUUAAAGCCCCAUCACUCGCAACCAUAAAAAGACGGUCAAGCACUGUUGAUGAAAUGUUGUUUGAUGACUAUGUAGAACCAGAAAAGGAACCUGAACCGGAGCAGACAGUUGAACCGGAAGUCGCUGUAAAUAAACGUAAAACACUUCUCCCUAUGGGUGAUUUGAUUUCAUUCGAUGAACCUGAGCUUGAAGAUUUUCAUCCAAAACAAGUGGUGAAUGUUAGAAAUUCCGGCGGACGUGAAAAUUCAGGUGAAAAGUCGUUUCCAAGUGUAAGUAGCGUAGAUUCAUCAGAAGCUGUGUUUGAUGAACAUGGAUUAAAUAAUCAGACAAGUGUUGACUCGUCUGAACCGGAGUAUGAACAUUCUCGUAGACUAGACUCAAUGGGUUCACCGAAAUCUUGGAGCUCAGAUUAUAGUUUGGAUAGUCAGCCAGAUGAUCUAACUGUGGAAUGUAUGGGCUUCAUGAAGCAGUUUGUGGCUAAAGUCUUCAGUCUUGGUGAAGAUAUUCCUCAGCUUGAAAAGGCCAAGUUUGGUGAAUAUUGCCAGCAAGUUCCAGGGAGACAAUGGUUUGCAAGAUACGUUAAUGCACAGAGAGUGGUGUCCAAAAAAGUUGACGAGUCAAUAUUUUUCCGACUGGUGCAAUACUUUGCCGUGGUGCUGUUUGAAUGUAACGAGUCUGAGGAUUUCGUUCCUGCCAAAAACCUCAUGAACAUGUGUUUCACUUUUUAUCAUGAAUCUCACCUUGGAAGACAACGGUGCAAGAACUUCCUGUAUAGUUAUUUACGAGAACAGCCUAUAUGGCAGUCUCUAAGGUUUUGGAAUGCUGCUUUCUUUGAUGCUGUCCAGAAUGAACGAGCAAGAAAACCAGUUUGUACCAGUGAAGACGGGCAUGAUUCUCAGAAUGAUGAUUCCAUGUUCCAGGAAAACAUCACGUUUGGACAGCUUGGGACAUUUACGAGCAAUAUGAGAGCAUUUGGCUUGAGCAAGGAAUUAUGUUUAGAGUUCCUGCGGAAACAGGCUGUUAUAGCAGAUCUGAAAAAAGAUCAAAUAAAGAUGCUGAAGGACAAUAUUGAGAAGUGGAAGGACCAUUAGCUGUUUUAGUUGCCUAUAUAAUUUUUUUAGCUUUGCUGAAUCUCUGCAUAAUGUACUGAAUCUCUGCAUAAUCAACACAACUUCACAAAAACUGUACUAUCUCACAUGACCUACACAAUAUUCCAUGGUCAACACAACCUCUCUUGUUUUACACAGUCUCUUUUGCUCUACACACUGUCUCUUUAACUUCACAAUUUUCCACCAAUGCAAUCUCUCUGUAAAAGCAUAUUUUUGCCUGAUUUACAAACCACUCUUUAUUUACACAAUCUGACAUGAUCUAAACAGUCUCACAUGAUCUCUUGUGUCAUGAAUAAUGAUUUAGGUCCAUAACAUAUCCCAUGACCUUCACGAUCUGUCUAAUCUGCAUAGUCUUCCAUGAUCUACACACACAUUAUUAUGGUCUGCACAGACUCUAGCCUGAAAUUUCUCAGGACUUAUUCCGAUUUCAGGCUCUUGACUACCGGAAUUUUCCAAUAUAAUUCUUGCUGUAGAAGGACACUGUAGGCUUGAGAAUGUAGGUUAUUAGGUGUUUGAUUUCAAACAGAAGCCAAGACUAGAAGCUCAUAAGAUGUACAUGAAUUCAGUGAUUAGCACACUCUCAAAUGAUCUACACUUACUAGUGCCAAGAUCUACACAAUAUGUCAUGAUCUACACAAGAAUCUCCUGUGGUUUACACAGUCUCCCAUGAUCAAUAUCCCAUGAACAAUACAGUCUCCCAUGAUCAUCACAAUCUUCCAUGUUCUAAGCAGUAAAAGUGUGUUAGCUCACCAGAGAACAAUUCGCUCAAGGUGAGCUGUCCUGAUCACUUGUUAUCUUUUCGUCAUCAACAUUUUCUUCAAACAACAUCUCCUUUGAAACAUUUUUUGGGUGAAAGUUGAUAAAACUGGAUGUUUCAUUGGUAAUAUUCUUCAAGAAAUGGUUUGAAAAUGCAGUUAUUUAUUGUUGCACAUAAUCGCUGCCAGAGCUUAAAAUGGAAAAAUCUUUCACAAACAUAGUAUUCUCUUUCAAACGUCAAGCCUAGUUAUGUCUCCCACCACACAGUGGAGUGGGAGACAUAUUGAUUCACUCCAGUCUGUGUGUGUGUCUGUCUGUCUGUCACAAAGCUUGUCCGCACUCUAAGUCGAACAUUUCUCAUCCAAUUUUCACCAAACUUAAACAAAAUGUGUUUGACCAUGAGACCUCGACCAAGUUCGAUAACUAGCCAAAUCGGUCCAGGCGUAUUGGAGUUAUGGCCCUUGAAUUACCAAAAAUCCGCCUUUUUACUCUUGUCCGCGCUCUAAGUCGAACAUUUCUCAUCCGAUCUUCACCAAACUUGAACAAAAUGUGUUUGACCAUAAGACCUCAGCCAAGUUUAAUAACUAGCCAAAUCGGUCCAGGCAUUUUGGAGUUAUGGCCCUUGAAUUCAGAAAAAUCCGCCUUUUUACUCUUGUCCGCACUCUUAAGUCGAACAUUUCUCAUCUGAUCUUCAUCAAACUUUAACAAAAUGUGUUUGACCGUGAGACCAUGGCCAAGUUUGAUAGCUAGCCAAAUCGGUCCAGACAUUUUGGAGUUACAGCCCUUGAAAUAACGAAAAAUCCGCCUUUUUACUCUUGUCUGCUCUCUAUGUCGAACAUUUCUCAUCCGAUCUUCACCAAACUUGAACAAAAUGUGUUUGGCCAUAAGACUUUAGCCAAGCUUGAUAACUAGCCAAAUGCACCAAGGCACUUUUGAUUUAUGGCCCUUGAAUUACUGAUUGGAUCCACUCGUCCAGACCAUCUAAUUGGAUCCACUCAUCUAAACCAUCUAGAGAAACUAGACAUUUUUCAUAGUGGCAGUUGUGGGAGACAUGCGCUUUUCUCAAAAGCAUCUCUAGUUAUGUCUCCCACCACACAGUGGUGUGGGAGACAUAUUGAUUUACUCCAGUCUGUGUGUGUGUGUGUGUCAGUCACAAAGCUUGUCUGCACUCUAAGUCGAACAUUUCUCAUCCGAUCUUCACCAAACUUGAACAAAAUGUGUUUGACCAUGAGACCUCGGCCAAGUUCGAUAACUAGCCAAAUCGGUCUAGGCGUAUUGGAGUUAUGGCCCUUGAAUUACCAAAAAUCGGCCUUUUUACUCUUGUCCGCGCUCAAAGAUUUCUCAUCUGAUUUUUACCAAACUUGAACAAAAUGUGUUUGACCAUGAGACCUCGGCCAAGUUCGAUAACUAGCCAAAUCGGUCCAGGAAUUUUGGAGUUAUGGCCCUUGAAUUCAGAAAAAUAGGCGUUUUUACUCUUGUCCGCACUCUAAGUCGAACAUUUCUCAUCCGAUCUUCACCAAACUUGAACAAAAUGUGUUUGGCCAUAAGACCUUAGCCAAGUUCGAUAACUAGCCAAAUCUGCCCAGGCACUUUUGAUUUAUGGCCCUUGAAUGACUGAUUGGAUCCACUCGUCCAGACCAUAUAAUUGGAUCCACUCGUCUAAACCAUCUAGAGAAAGUAGACAUUUUUCAUAGGGGCAGUUGUGGGAGACAUGCGCUUUUCUCAAAAGCAUCUCUAGUUUUGAAAUGUUUUAAUGCCAAAUAAAUAUGUCCUUGAUGACCAUUUUCCAAGGUUGUUCAAAUUAUUCUAUCUAGUAAAAACAUGGCUAACAAGAGGCAUGUCCACUGUUCCCAUUAUGUUAGUAGUGGAUAUAUUAAACAUCUUUUGAUCAGAAAUAGCUGACCCAUUUUUGUUCAAAUGGUCCUGUUGUUUGACUACCAAGAGUCUCCAAAUUAUUUUGAUCUGUUAAGUAAAACAUGGUGUCACUUCUUUUUAUAGAUGUAUUUACUGAAAAGUUGGAAAAUCUUCUGGCUAGAAACUACCUGCACUAUUUAAAAUUCAUUUCACACAUCAAGCUUUAAAACUCUUCUUUUCAGAACUGUUCAGGCGAGUUUUUGAAGUAUUUUAAUAGAAUUGUUUCUUGUUAUAUCUAACUUGUGUAGAUUUUACAAUAAUAAUUAUACUCAUAAAAAUGCUGUUGUAUAGGCAUGUUCAAGUAUGUUUUCAGUACAGACUUUUGUACCAGAGCUAUUCAAAUUUCGAAUGAUUUUAGUAUCAAGUUUUGUACAAAAUGAAAACAUUUUAGUCCAUCUGGAUUAAAAGGACAUAUGAAGUCAUUUCUUUUGAAUAACUUCUUCUUAAGAACAUCUUCAUUACUUCUAGUUGGAAUUUUACCCAAAGUUGGCUCAAAGUUUCUUCAAGUUUUUUAUACAGAUUCAAAAUUUUGCAAAGACGGCACUAACCUUACUCUUGGGAUUUUUUCAACAGCUAUUCACUUUUCUCUAACAUUAUAAUAAGAAAACAAAAUUAAUACAAUACUUUAUUAGAUUAUUUAAUAUUUGACUAUGAAACAGCAAUUAUUCUUGUUGCUAGAUUUGUGAGAGAUAUCAGGUUCCUAAAACAAAAGUCUGUUUUACUUAUGGAAAGACCAGACCAUUGUCCCAAAUCAGUUGCUUUAAAUUUGAAAACAGAAACAUAUUCUGUUCAGACAUAAUUAUGUCUAUAUUGUUUUUGCCCUGUCCGUCAGGCAGUUCAUAGGAUGGUAGCACUUUAAUAUGGAGUAUACAACAUCUGUUGUUUUUAGGGUCACUCCAUCAAAGGUCAAGGUCACAGGGGCCUGAACAUGGAAAACCAUUUCCAACCAGUAACUUAAGAGUCUUUUGACCCAGAAUGUUGAAACUUCAUAGGAUGAUUGGAUUGCAGGAUAGAUGACCCCUAUUGAUUUUGGGGUCACUCUAUUAAAGGUCAAUUGCAAGAACAUGGAAAUCCAUUUCUGAUCAAUAACUUGAGAAGCAUUUGACCCAAAACCUUCAAACUUAGUAAGGUGAUAGGGCUUACAAAGUAGAUGAUCCUUUUGUUUUUGGAGACACUCAAUCAAAGGUCAUGGUCAUAGGGCCAUCUGUCUGUCACACUUCAUUUUCGAUCAAUAUCUAGAGAACCGUUUGACUUGGAACCUUCAAACUUUAUUGGUGAUAGGGCUUACAAAGUAGGUGACCCCUGUUAUUUCUAGGGUUACUCGUUCAAAGGUCAAAGUCACAGGGCCUGAACAUGGAAAACUGUUUCUGAUCAAUUACUUGAAAAUCACUUGACCCAGAAUGUUGAAACUUCAUAGGAUGAUUGAAAAUGUAGAUGACCCCUUUUGAUUUUUUGGGUCACUUAAUCAGAGUUCAAGGACACAGGGGCCAGAGGUUGGAAAACCAUUUCUGAUCAAUAACUUGAGAACUAUUUGACCCAGAACUUUCAAACUUCAUAGAGUGAUAGGACUUACAGAGUGGAUGACCUCUUAUUGAUUUUGGAGUCAUUUGAGCAAGGUCACAGGAGCCUGAACAUGUAAAAUUCUUUCCGAUCAAUUACUUGGGAACCACUUGGCCCAGAAUGUUGAAACUUCAUAGGAUGAUUGGACAUGAAGAGUAAAUAACCCCCUAUUGAAUUUGAGGUCACUUGUUAAAAGGUCAAGGUCAAAGAAGCCUGUUUACAAUCCAUAACUUGAGAACAACUCGGCCCAGAAUGUUGAAACUUCUUGGGAUGAUUUGACAUGACAAGUAGAUAUUCUCUGCUGCAGCCAACCAUUGAUGUCUCUUGGACUUUUGCUCUUGUCAACUAUUGACUUCUUGCUUGUUACAACAAUUCAUUGGAGGAGACGUGCUUUUCUAUAAAAGCAUUUUCUAGUUUUAACUCAACAUUUGUUAAGGUUGUUAUCCCAGUUUGUCAUUUGCUUGCAAAUUUAAUUCUAUCUGUAUGGGUGUCUGCCUGCAGUUCAAACACUAUCAAGGAUGUUUUUAGCUCACCUGUCACAAAGUGACAAGGUGAGCUUUUGUGAUCGCGCGGUGUCCGUCGUCCGUCGUCCGUCCGUGCGUGCGUGCGUGCGUGCGUCAUUCCGUAAACUUUUGCUUGUGACCACUCUAGAGGUCACAUUUUUCAUGGGAUCUUUAUGAAAGUUGGUCAGAAUGUUCAACUUGAUGAUAUCUAGGUCAAGUUCGAAACUGGGUCACGUGCCGUCAAAAACUAGGUCAGUAGGUCUAAAAAUAGAAAAACCUUGUGACCUCUCUAGAGGCCAUAUAUUUCACAAGAUCUUCAUGAAAAUUGGUCAGAACGUUCACCUUGAUGAUAUCUAGGUCAAGUUCGAAACUGGGUCACGUGCCAUCAAAAACUAGGUCAGUAGGUCAAAUAAUAGAAAAACCUUGUGACCUCUCUAAAGGCCAUAUUUUUCAUGGGAUCUUUAUGAAAGUUGGUCAGAAUGUUCAACUUGAUGAUAUCUAGGUCAAGUUCGAAACUGGGUCACGUGCCGUCAAAAACUAGGUCAGUAGGUCUAAAAAUAGAAAAACUUUUUGACCUCUCUAGAGGCCAUAUAUUUCAUGAGAUCUUCAUGAAAAUUGGUCAGAAUGUUCACCUUGAUGAUAUCUAGGUCAAGUUCGAAAGUGGGUCACGUGCCGUCAAAAACUAGGUCAGUAGGUCAAAUAAUAGAAAAACCUUGUGACCUCUCUAGAGGCCAUAUUUUUCAUGGGAUCUGUAUGAAAGUUGGUCUGAAUGUUCAUCUUGAUGAUAUCUAGGUCAAGUUCGAAAGUGGGUCACGUGCCUUCAAAAACUAGGGCAGUAGGUCAAAUAAUAGAAAAACCUUGUGACCUCUCUAAAGGCCAUAUUUUUCAUGGGAUCUGUAUGAAAGUUGGUCAGAAUGUUCAUCUUGAUGAUAUCUAGGUCAAGUUCGAAACUGGGUCACGUGCGGUCAAAAACUAGGUCAGUAGGUCUAAAAAUAGAAAAACCUUGUGACCUCUCUAGAGGCCAUAUAUAUCACGAGAUCUUCAUGAAAAUUGGUCAGAAUGUUCACCUUGAUGAUAUCUAGGUCAAGUUUGAAAGUGGGUCACGUGCCAUCAAAAACUAGGUCAGUAGGUCAAAUAAUAGAAAAACCUUGUGACCUCUCUAAAGGCCACAUUUUUCAUGGGAUCUGUAUGAAAGUUGGUCUGAAUGUUCAUCUUGAUGACAUCUAGGUCAAGUUAGAAAGUGGGUCACGUGCCGUCAAAAACUAGGUCAGUAGGUCAAAUAAUAGAAAAACCUUGUGACCUCUCUAAAGGCCAUAUUUUUCAUGGGAUCAUAUGAAAGUUGGUCUGAAUGUUCAUCUUGAUGAUAUCUAGGUCAAGUUCGAAACAGGGUCAUGUGCGGUCAAAAACUAGGUCAGUAGUCUAAAAAUAGAAAAACCUUGUGACCUCUCUAGAGGCCAUACUUGUGAAUGGAUCUCCAUAAAAAUUGGUCAGAAUGUUCAUCUUGAUGAUAUCUAGGUCAAGUUCGAAAGUGGGUCACGUGCCAUCAAAAAGUAGGUCAGUAGGUCAAAUAAUGAAAAAACGUGACCUCUCUAGAGGCCAUAUUUUUCAUGGGAUCUGUAUGAAAGUUGGUCUGAAUGUUUAUCUUGAUGAUAUAUAGGUCAAGUUUGAAACUGGGUCAACUGCGAUCAAAAACUAGGUCAGUAGGUCUUGAAAUAGAAAAACCGUGUGACCUCUCUAGAGGCCAUACCCUUGAAUGGAUCUUCAUGAAAAUUGGUCAGAAUGUUCACCUUGAUGAUAUCUAGGUCAAGGUUGAAACUGGGUCACGUGCCAUAAAAAACUAGGGCAGUAGGUCAAAUAAUAAAAAACCUUGUGACCUCUCUAGAGGCCAUACCUUUCAUGGGAUCUGUAUGAAAGUUGGUCUGAAUGGUCAUCUUGAUGAUAUCUAGGUCAGGUUUGAAACUGGGUCAACUGCGGUCAAAAGUAGGUCAGUAGGUCUAAAAUUAGAAAAAUCUUUUGACCUCUCUAGAGGCCAUAUUUUUCAAUGGAUCUUCAUGAAAAUUGAUCUGAAUGUUCACCUUGAUGAUAUCUAGGUCAGUUUCGAAACUGGGUCACGUGCGGUCAAAAACUAGGCCAGUAGGUAUAAAAAUAGAAAAACCUUGUGACCUCUCUAGAGGCCAUAUUUUUCAUGAGAUCUUCAUGAAAAUUAGUGAUAAUGUUCACCUUGAUAUCUAGGUAAAGUUCAAAACAGGGUCACGUACCUUUGAAAACUAGGUCAAUAGGUCAAAUAGUAGAAAAACCUUGUGACCUCUCUAGAGACCAUAUUUUUCAAUGGAUCUUCCUGAAAAUUGGUCAGAAUUUUUAUCUUGAUAAUAUCUAGGUCAGGUUCAAAACUGGGUCACAUGAGCUCAAAAACUAGGUCACUAUGUCAAAUAAUAGAAAAAACGACGUCAUACUCAAAACUGGGUCAUGUGGGAAGAGGUGAGCGAUUCAGGACCAUCAUGGUCCUCUUGUUUAUUAAAAGCUUUUGCUUGCAUUAUUGAUACUGCAUUUUAUUUCCAACCAUGAUGAAACUGGGUGGCUUGAUCCAUUGUAUAUGUUAACCUUUACCCUGCUGAAUUUCUAAAUUGGACUGGUCCAUCAUUCAAUUUGGACAGUACCAUUAAUUAUUUGAAGGGGUGUUCACUGAAGAUUUACUGACUGAAUAGCAAACAUUCAAGAUCAAGAUCAGCCUGCACUUCCAUGCAGGCUGAUCUUAGUUUGCACAGUUCACAAAGGCUUGCUGCCUGACAAAAUAAAAUAAAUGAGCUGCACCAUGAGAAAACCAAUAUCGUGUGUUGGUGACCAGCAUGGAUCCAGACCAGCCUGCAUAUCCGUGCAGACUUGUCUGGAUUCAUGCUGUUUGCUUUCAAAGCUUAUUGCAAUUAGAGAAACCGUUUGUAAACAGCAUGGAUCAUGACCAGACUGCGGAUGUGCAGGCUUGUCUGGAUCCAUGCUGGUCGCAAAUGCUCUAUGUUGGUUUUCUCAAGGUGCAGCUCAAAUAUUGAAUAGGAUUUUUAAAAAUUGUUAUAUUCUUGUGGGAAGUGCUAUAAACUUUUGUCAAUUCAUAAUAUAUUGAAUAAUUUAUUUGAUCAGUCUGUAUUAUAUAAACUUUACAUAAAUGUGUUAAUAUUUAAGACAAAUGUUUGUUUGAUUAAUUGUCAGAUUAAGUUGGAUACAAUGUAGACUUGAUCCAUUAAUGGUACUUAGUAUGUGUCCAUGAUCAAUAUUAGGAGCAACUUUGUAUCCCUGAAAAAAAAAUUGGAUCAGCUAUGUAUCCAUAAGAAAAUAUUGGGACCAUUUAUUUAUAUGAUUGUGAUAAAAUAUUGUAUCCAUAUUAUAAUAAUGGGACCAGCUAUGUAUCCAUAAAAAAUAUUGGGACCAUCUGUGUAUCCAUAUUAAAAUAUUGGGCCCAAUUAUAUAUCCAUAUUGAAAUAUUGGGACCAGCUGUGUGUCCAUGAUAAAGUAUUGGGACCAUCUAUGAUACCGGGUAUUCAGGAUCCAUGCCUAUGAAAUCCCAGGUAUUAGUAAACCCAUGAAAUCCAUGCCCAUGAAAUCCAAGGUAUGGGCAAAACUAUGAAAUCCAAGGUUUGGGCAAAUCCAUACCCAUACAUGCCAUAAUUUUUCAGGACAUUUCCGGGAUUCUGAGUCAAAAUUUCCGGGAUUUUUACCCUUUGUCCGGGACAUACACCGUGACAAUAGUAUUCGUCUGUUUCAUGCAUAAAUGUCAUAAAAUUACAUGUAGUUUCCGGAGACAAACAUUGUCCUCUUGCUUUGGAAUAAUUUGCUGCAAAUGUUGUCUAGUUUUCUAAGGGAGAUAAAUAGGUAAUUCACGUCUAUAGUUCGGCACUUGAAUUGGUUGCGUUCCCGAGGUGAAGAGAAUUAGGAGACUUACUACAUACGAAGAAUUAACCUGGUCACCGUGAUUUAGAAUCCAGCUUAUUUGGUAUCAUUUUAAAGCUUAAACGUUCAUCUAAUCAUUAAUAAAAUGGAAUCCUAAAAGGAAUAAAAUAAAUCUUGUAACCUAGAUAAAAUCGAUAUAAAAUAUUUCAGGUUGGGUCAAUUUUCAUGGAUUGGUCGUCAAAGGCAUUCAGUAGUCAAAAUUUUAAUUUAGAAUAUGUGUGACAAUCAAUCUAUAUUUUAAAAGAUUACAACCUUUUAAAAUUAUUAUGGUUUUAUCGACAGUUUUCAGUCAUUUCUUCCAUAAAGGCUACAUGUAGCUUCACCGCCUACAUGCUAAAAAGGAGAUUUUCGGCUAUUGUUCCUAAUAUUAAAUUCUCAUAAGACUGUUAUUGAUUGCAUAAUUCUGUCAAUUCAUAAUCAGGGUCAUCAAAAUAGCUGACUGUAAAUUAAUCUGGGUCAUCAAAAGAUCGCGGGGCGCGUUCAAUACGAGUGUUGAUCAGAGCUGGCUUAAUCAACAUGUGUCCCGCUCGAGGGCAUAAAACUGAUAUCAGAUAAUUAGGAAUAAACAAUGUGACACCGGGGACUGUUUAUUGUGUUUUAUUAAUGUAAAAUUCAACAAUUUAUAAAAACUAGUUUUUGGGGGGUUAUUUUUGUUUUCUGUAUUUUUAAUUUUCCGGGACAUUUCAACACUGUCCGGGACACCAGGACGAGUAUGUCAUUUCCGGGACAAUCCGGGACGUAUGACGUGUAUGCAUACCUGUGAAUUAAAUGAUUUUUUCUGCGUAUAUGAUGACAGUAAUUUGUUAGUAUAUUAGUUAGUUAGCCAUAUUGUGUGGACCUGUUUUACUUAUGUAUUAUUGUUAACCAGCAAUUAGAAGUGAUUAGAUAUUGUUACAUUAUUAAAUAUGCAAAUCCACAUUCCUAGAAAUGAGUAAAACUCAAUUAGUUAAUGUCUGUUAUAUUGUAUAUGUUGUUAUGUAUAAAUAUACAAAUGUAAUAUAUAAUGUUAAAUCUUUGCCAGAGUUAAUGAUGACAUAGUCUGAAAAACUAUUCAAUUUUUCUUUCAACUGUGUUGUUUGAAGUAUUGACUGUUUUAUCUACAUUGUCUUUAGAAUGGCACUGAAAUUGUUAACAGUGUAGUUAUAGACAUUCUGUAAUAAAAGUUUGUGGCAGCGUGCAGUUAUAUUUGAGCACCAAGUUGCAAAAACUGGCAUUAGGGCUUUGCAACCAACAAGGAUCCAGAUCAGUGUACAUCUAUACUAUUUAUAAAUUAUUUAUCCCUACAUCCAUACUGCUUCUGUAUCAGUUUUUGAGGCCUCCGCGGCCGAGUGGUUUAGGUCACUGACUUCUGAUCAGCUACAAAUCCUGAGAAUUUUAAGCUCGAGCUCUCAUUAGAAAAAUCAUUUUCAGAAAAAAAGUUUUGAAUAACUGUCAAAAAUUCAAAUUUCCCAGCACUAUUGAUUGAAAGAUCUUGAAAGUUCAUGACCUUCCCAUCAGCCAACUACUGCUCAACAGGUAUAUUUACAGGUACACUAUACUCCUCUGACAUAUGGACGGGCCCUCCGUGGCUGAGUGGUUAAGAUGACGCUGAUUUCAAAUCACUUGCCCCUCAUCGAUGUGGGUUCAAGCCUCACUUUGGUCGUUGAAUUCUUCAUGUGAGGAAGCCAUCCAGCUGGUAUAUGGAAGGUUAGUGGUUCCACCUAGGUACCCACCAGUGAUGAAAUAAUGCACGGAGGGGCACUACCAAAGGUGUUUUCCUCCACCACCAAAGCUGGAAAGUCGCCAUAUAAUCUAUAAUUGUGUCGGUGCGACGUUCAACCCAACAAAACAAAACAAACAAAUCUUUUUCAGUUUCAACACUUGUGUGCAACUAAUAAGUGACCAGUAUGGUAUGAAGUGCAGGCUGAUCUGGAUCCUUACUGGUUCACAGCAAAGCCCUAAUAUUGGUUUUCACACAACGGAGCUUGUUUAUUAUCCCCCGCCGAUGAAAUCGGGAGGGGGUAUUGAAAUGGCGUUGUCCGUCCGUCAGUCCGUCCGUCCGUCCGCAGCCAUUUCUCAGUAACUACUUGGUAGAAUUUCAUGAAACUUGAAAUAAACAUGAACCAACAUACUGCGAUGAUGCCCGUCAAGUUUUUUUUUUGAUUGGUCAAUUUCCCUCAGAGUUAUUGCCCUUGAUUUAAUAAAAAAUGUCUGUCUGCAGCCAUUUCUCAGUAACUAACAGGUAGAAUUUCAUCAAAUUUGAAAUAGACAUGAACCAAGAUACUGCGCUGAUGCCCGUCAAGUUUUUUUUUUGAUAGGUCAAUUUCCCUCAGAGUUAUUGCCCUUGAUUUAAUGAAAAAUGUCCGUCUGCAGCCAUUUCUCAGUAACUAGCAGGUAGAAUUUCAUCAAACUUGAAAUAGACAUGAACCAAGAUACUGCGACGAUGCCUUUCAAGUUUUUUUUCGAUUGGUCAAUUUUCCAUUUAGUUAUAGCCCUUUAAUUGUUUAAAAAUCCACAGAUCUGUACAUAACAAACCAACCAAUUGGAAGAAUUUCAUUAAACUUCUUCCAUUCUUUUCCAUGCACAUUUAUUAUAAACAUGUGAUGUUGUGUACCUACACCUGGUCACCACCUUACAUUGGUCA